AUGUUACUUCUCUCGGCACUCGUGUCAUCCCUCCUAGUCGGAGCUCAAGCUGCUCCUACGAAUUUGACUCGCUCGCUAUUAUCCGGUAGAAGCGUCAACGAAGGGUGGGACUAUGGUUCUGAGAAAGUGCGAGGGGUGAAUAUAGGUGGUUGGCUUGUCUUGGAACCAUUCAUUACACCUUCCAUCUUCGAAGAAACCGGUAAUAAUGGUAUCGUAGAUGAAUACACGUUCUGUCAGUAUCAAGAUAAAGGUACCGCGCAAGCUGCAUUACAACAGCAUUGGAAUAGUUGGUUCACGGAGGAUGACUUUGCUCAAAUUGCUGGUGCUGGUUUAAAUCACAUUCGUAUACCAAUCGGGUACUGGGCAUAUGAUAUAUCCGGUGGCGAGCCUUACAUCCAAGGUGCAGCGGAUUAUCUAGACAAAGCUAUUGGGUGGGCAGGCAAGCACGGUCUCAAAGUGAUGAUUGACCUUCACGGUGCUCCUGGUUCACAGAAUGGUUACGACAACAGUGGUCAUCGAGGUGACGCCAAUUGGGCUACCGAGAACAACAAUGUUGUCAGGACGAAGAACGUGAUCGCGACGCUGGCAAAGAAAUACUCUGAUUCAUCUUACUUUGGAGUAGUGACCAUGCUUGCUCUUUUGAAUGAACCCGCCACAUACAUGAACGAUCAACUCCUUCAAACCACUCGACAAUACUGGAAGGACGCAUAUGGUGCAGCUCGAUACCCAAAUGGAAACUCUGACAAAUCCGGUCUCGUUUUGGUAAUUCACGAUGGUUUCCAGCCUUUGAGCUCUUAUCAAGGAUUCAUGAAUGAGCCCGACUACGAGAGCGUCUUCCUUGAUACUCACAAUUAUCAGGUGUUUAAUGAUGAGUAUGUCGGAUGGAACUGGGAUCAACACGUGCAAGGAAUUUGCGACAAAGCCAGCACGUACUCUCAAUCCCCUCUCUCACUGGUCGUCGGUGAAUGGUCCUUGGCGACUACUGAUUGUGCCAAAUACCUCAAUGGUCGGGGAAUUGGUGCUCGUUACGAUGGCUCUUAUUCUGGUUCAUCAUAUCACGGUACGUGUGACGAUAAGUCGAACGAUGUUUCCAAGUUCUCCAGCGAGUACAAGGAGUUUAUGAGAAAGUAUUACGAUGUCCAAGUUCAAGUCUACGAGAAUAACGGUCAAGGUUGGAUUCACUGGACCUGGAAGACUGAAUCAGCCGCUGAUUGGGCUUAUCAAACUGGCCUCAAUAACGGGUUCAUUCCUCAAAACCCUGCUGAUCACAAGUACUCUGUCAACUCUCUGUGUGGUUAG